AUGCGGUUUUUGAAAUUUGAUGAGGCGAUAUCAAAUGAGACUGAUGGUGGUAAAAUCUGGGUGUUUUGGAAAAAUGAAUUGGAUGUGCAGGUGGUUCGCAUGAGUUCGCAGUUUGUGUCAUUAUGUAUUACCGAAGGAAAUAAUCAUUUCUUGGGUAAUUUUAUUUAUGCAAAGUGUAAUAGGCUUGAGCGACAGCUGCUUUGGGAGGAGUUGAAUUCGGAUAGAAUGGGUGUGGAGCCGUGCUUGUUUGCUGGGGAUUUCAAUGUAAUUCGGUCGGAUAUUGAAAGGUGUGGGCGUCCGAGGAAUAGAGUUGCAAUUGAUGAGUUUAAUAGAUGGAUUCAUCAGGGUGGGUUGUUGGAAAUGAAUUCACAAGGUGGUAAGUUUACAUGGUGUAAUGGUCAGCAAGGGUUAUCUAGAGCUUGGGCAAAGUUGGAUAGAGUUUUACUUGAUGCAAAUUUUCUGCCUCUUUUUCCGACUGCUCAUUGUUUGUAUCUCCCUAGGACUACGUCGGACCAUUGUCCUAUGGUUAUAGAAUUUUUAAGUGAUCCUUUCUCUUAUGGUCCACCUCCAUUUCGUUUUCAGCAAAUGUGGGUUGAGCAUCCGGAUUUUAUGACUUUUGUUCAAAAUGUUUGGUCUGAAUCGGUUAUAGGUUCGGGGCUUUUUAAAUUAGCUACUAAACUUAAAAAACUUAAGGUGGCGUUGCGUGUAUGGAACAAGAGUGUAUUUGGGAGAACUAAUAAUCAGAUUGCUACUCUUGAAGAUAAGAUUGAGAAUCUGGAAAAUUUGUUGCAGAGAGAUUGGGAUGAUGAUAUUGAAAGGGAAUUAGUGAGGAGUUCUAAUGAGUUGUCUUCUUGGAGGCUUAGGGAGAUAUUAGAUUGGCACAAAUGGCUAAAAUUAAGUGGAGAAUGGAUGGUGAUAGGAAUACAAAAUUCUUUCAUGUUUGGUUAUCUAAUAAAAAGCAUAGGAAAAUUCAUCAGUUGA